AUGAAUUUGAUGAUUCUUGAAAGUUUAUUAUUGUGCUUUCGAAAAAAAAACAGUAUUAAAUUACAACAUCGAACACUACGACAACUACCAUGGUUUCGACGACCACAACAACCUCAACAUCCACUAGCACCGCUACAACUACCAUGGUUUCGACGACCACAACAACCUCAACAUUCACUAGCACCGCUACAACUACCAUGGUUUCGACAACUAGAACAACAACCUCAACAUCCACUAGCACUGCUACAACUACCAUGGUUUCGAUGA